AUGACUGUGUCAAAGCCACGUCUGCGGAGACAUCACAAAAAGUCUCGUCUGGGAUGUAGCAACUGCAAGCUGCGGCGUGUCAAGUGCGACGAAGCGAAGCCCGCGUGCAAGAAGUGCAGUUGGUAUGGGGUCGUCUGCAGUUAUGACCCGGGCAAGGGACAAAAUCUUCAGAUCUCGCAAGAGCUUGAGAUCCCGUUGCCCGCCAGUGCAGAUGCGGUGACUGUAUUUGAGCUGGAUACCACCUGUGUGAACUGGCUGAAGUGGUUUCAAUGGGCGCAGACCAGCGUGAGCAUUCUGAAUGUUCCCCAGGAUGAUAUCCUGAGACUGGCACGCUCGCAUCCCUUCUUGAUGCAUAUAGUCCUCACCAUGUCGUCGAUCCAUCAUCGCCAUCUAAGCCUGUCGGAGUCGGACCAUCCGCGCGCGUUUGAAGCCCACCAUACCUCACAAUGUGUUCAGCUGCUCAGUGAAAAGCUCGCACAUCCAAUCCCGCCCGAGGAGCGAGAUGCCGUUUGGAUCGGUGCUACAUUCCUUGGGAUCGUUGUCUUCUCUUUAGUAUCCGCGACCACCGUAGAAGAGGUGUGGCCGCUCAAGUCCGAUCCGUCCGAUCUGGAGUGGGUGCGCAUGACCAAGAAUAAGAUGUCACUCUGGACUCUGAUCGAUCCGUUGCGAGAUGACGGCCUCUUCCGAGGCAUGGCGGGUGAGUAUGAGGAGAUGUUUGAGCCAACAGCAACCGACGCCAGCGUUCCGGAGCCCAUGGCUCGCAUAUGUCAUCUGGAUGAAUUCUCAACAGCUGAGAACAACCCGUAUUUUACCGCGCUUCAUACGCUGCUUCCGCUCUGGGAUCGAUCGUUUGAAGAACAAUCAAGAGCGAGUGUUCUGGCAUUUCCUAGUCAGAUGACUCCGGCGUUUCGAAACCUGCUUCAUGAGAAGGACUCAGUGGCUCUGCUGCUUUUGGCCCUGUGGUAUGAUAUUGCUGGCCAGGUAAUCUGGUGGAGUAGACAGCGCGCGACUGUCGAACUUGAGUCCAUUUGUUUGUAUAUCCAGCGGUACCAUCCGGAAUUGCAGGAUCUGUUGCCAUGA